AUGCCAACACUUGAUGUAAUCCAGUCGGCCAACGCGCAACUGGCGAGCGGUGCUCCCAUGGUGGCCGCUCUGUCCGGAGGCACGACAGGAAUUGGUUCCUACAUCGCAAAGGCCCUGGCAAAAGUCUUCGCAAAGCAGGGAUCCAAGCUCCGCGUUUACAUCAUCGGCCGCAACGCUGAGCGCGCUGCUGCCGUCAUCGCUGAAGCACAGCAGAUCAGCCCCGGCUCCGACUGGCGCUUCGUCAAAGCAUCAGAUCUCGCGCUGAUUAGCGAGGUGGAUCGCUGCAGCGCAGAAAUCAUUGCUCAGGAAUCUCAGUCGCCUUUCCAUGGCUCAACACCGCACCUGGAUCUUCUCUACAUGACUCACUGCGUCCCUAUCUUAAAGGAGCGCUCUGGUAAAUCCAGCCCGUUGGCCUCUGCCAUGACGACGAUUUGCUCACAUGCGUCUCUAGAUACGAAAGAGGGUCUGGAUAGCUUCAUCUCCACGACUUACUACAGUCGAAUCCGCUUCAUCUUGCAACUCUUACCGCUGCUCACUGCCUCACCUCUGCCUGGGCAUGUGAUUUCCGUCUACGCAGGAGGCUUUGAAGAUGGCACAAAGCCGGGCGAAAAGCCCAUCGGACUUCCGCCGCCAGAGGUCUACGGCGUGACUGGUGUACGGAAGUACUCCUGCUUCAUGAAGACCUUCGUCUUCGAGGAGCUGGCGGAGCGCCACGCAGGAAAGCUCGUCCUGACUCACGUCUACCCGGGACUUGUUGACGGACCGGGAUUCUACAGCUCUGAAAUGCCCGUCUGGUUUCGCAUUGUGUGGCGUCUUCUCAAGCCUGUGGCUAGCCUCUUCAUGACAUCCCCAGAGGUUUGUGGUCAAGAGAUGUUAUUUCUGGGAACCUCGCGGUUCCCUGCUCGCGGUGCGGUCAAGGGUGACUUCAAGUUCGCUGAUGGGUCGGGCGUUCCCUUGAGCACGAAGGGCGAAAUUGGAGGAGGAUCUUAUGCCACCGGACCGAAGGGAAACAUCCAGAACAAAGGCCGCAUUUAUGACAAGGUACGUGAAGAGGGAUUGAGUCAGGAAGUCUGGGAACACACUAUGAAAACGUUGGACGAAGCAAAGGAGCGCGGUAUCAAUGCACGGGAGUAG